CUCCAAAACAUUGCGGUAUAUACAUUAAAGUGAUAAAAUAUACAAGAGUACCAAACUAGCUCUCAAAGUAUGAUCCCUUACCCAACCGUCCGAGACGCGUCCGUAGCUUUAGGACGGAACCUGACUUGGUUCGAGACUGUUUGGUUUGAUUACUCAGCCACCAAAUCUGAUUUCCAUGUUUACUGCCACACCAUUUUAGUACUCUUCCUCGUCUUCUCUCUCGCUCCUCUUCCUUUUGUGUUUGUUGAAUUGACUGGCUGGUUUGAGCGGUUCAAGAUUCAGCCUAAGAUGAAGUAUUCAUUGUCUGAUAUGUUUCGGUGUUAUAAAGAUGUCAUGAAGCUGUUCCUUCUUGUAGUCGGCACGUUGCAAUUCGUUACUUAUCCUUCCAUCCAGCUGGUUGGGAUUCGAAGUGGGUUGCCAUUACCAUCGUUAAUGGAGACUGUAGCACAAUUAGUGGUUUACUUCUUGAUAGAAGAUUACACUAACUACUGGAUCCAUAGAUGGUUGCAUUGCAAAUGGGGUUAUGAGAUGAUACAUCGAGUUCACCACGAGUACACUUCUCCAAUCGGAUAUGCAUCACCUUAUGCACAUUGGGCCGAGGUCUUGCUUCUUGGUAUUCCGACGUUUCUUGGACCGGCGAUUGCACCUGGCCACAUUAUGACCUUUUGGUUGUGGAUAACUUUACGUCAAAUGGAGGCUAUAGAAACUCACAGCGGAUAUGAUUUUCCAUGGGCUCUGACAAAACUUGUUCCGUUCUACGGUGGAGCUGAGUAUCAUGAUUAUCAUCACUACGUUGGAGGACAAAGCCAGAGUAACUUUGCUUCGGUUUUCACUUAUUGCGACUAUAUCUAUGGGACCGACAGAGGUUAUCGAGUCCAUAAGAAGCUUCUUCAGCAGAUUACGGAGGAAGCUGAGCAGAAGGGAGGAACGAAAGACGAUUAGUAACAAAUCAGAAGAGGGUCGAAAGUAUCAAUCCAUUGAUAAGAUUAAAUAAUUGUAUAUGAUCCUAUAUAUAUAUAUAUAUAUAUGUUAACUAGAAGUGGAUUGCUUGUGUUAAUAAUUUUCCACAAUUAAAAAUAUGUAUGUUUUUUAUUAUUAUUUAAAAUAUGUAUGGUGUUAACUAGCUAUAGUUACGUAUGAGAUUACGUGGGGAAUAUUAUUCGAAUAAAAACAAUUUAUUCUUCC